UGUUAUUUCGUAACCUACCAAAGCUGAAAGCAGAAGACUUGAAGACUUGUGAGCAAAGUCUUGAAUUCGUUGCUUGUGAACCAAGAAAUAUCCCGACUCGAAGAGAGUAAAAAAAAUUACCCAAACACUUUCUAAAAUUUGUGCAAGUUCAAAAUGGAUGACGAUAGCGACGGUGACAACGUUAUCGAAGAAGAUUUUUAUACUUUUCUAAAUCUACCGAGAAAUGCCACUACUGAUGAAAUCAACAAUGCGUAUCGCAGACUAAGCAGACUCUAUCACCCUGACAAACAUGUUGACCCGAUCCUUAAAAAAGAAGCAGAAAUCCUUUUCAAUCGCACGAAAAAAGCAUACAAAGUACUCAGCGAUGACCAUCAGAGAGCAAUUUAUGACUCUCUGGGUACACGAGGGCUGGAAACAGAGGGAUGGGAGAUAGUUCAGCGCACGAAAACUCCUCAAGAAAUAAGAGAAGAGUAUGAAAGACUAGCACGAGAAAGAGAAGAGAGGAGGCUGGAGCAGCGUACAAAUCCCAAAGGCAAUGUCACAGUUAACAUCAAUGCUACAGAUAUUUUUAACAGAUAUGACGACGAAUAUGAUGACAUUGGUGGAGAGCGAAUAUUUCCAACUAUAGAAGUGAGUGGAAUGUCAUUCAGCCAAUCUAUUGAGGCUCCGCUAACUCUCAGGGAUACGGUAACGAUGUCUGGGCAGCUCGGUACUCAGAAUGGGACAGGAUCAGGGUCUAUAAAUGUUUCCGCCAGACGAGUGAUGUCUGCUAAGGGCUGGCUAGAACUAGAUAUAGGUGCAGGUAAUGGACCUACUGUGUCUCUGAAGGGAUUCAGAACUUUAACAAAAAGGCUAUUCUGUAAUGGAGCGACUAUUCUCCAGUUUGAACCAAAUGGAAUGAGGCGAGGACUUGUCGGAACUUUAGCAAUGCAAUUGGACAAACAUGCCGUCGGAUAUAUCACCUAUCGAGGAGGGAUAGAGGAUGCCAUGAGUACAAUGAUUGUAAGGAACACCGCACACUCACAUACUGCAUUCUCAAUUCAGAUUGGCUUUGUGCACUCUUACCUAAGCCUUAGUUAUACGUAUAAAAUGGCCGAAAGACAGCUGAAACUACGUGGUUGUAUUAAAGUAGGCACUUUUGGAGGAUUCUUAGAAUAUGGUGCUGAAAAAAAAAUAUCCCAACACAGCUCUUUAUCUGCUGCUGUUUCUGUUGGUGUACCCACUGGGGUGAUGCUAAAGAUCAGGCUUACUCGGGCCUCGCAAACAUAUUCUUUUCCCAUACAUCUAUGUGAGGAAGUCAUACCAGCUCCAAUAUUUUAUGCAACAGUAGGCCCAUUAAUAACUUGGGCUGUUAUUAAGAAGCUAAUCAUCGAUCCUGUUGUGCGGGAACAGAAAGAGCGAGAGAAAGAAAAGCAAAAGGAAUUAAAUAAAUCUAGAAUGCUCGAGAAACAACGCGAAGCCAAAGCUGCUGUAGAUCUGAUGAAGGCAACUUUUAGUAGAAUCAGAUCCGAAGAAGAAGUGCGUAGAGGGUUAGUCAUUACAAAAGCACUUUAUGGCAGAUUUGUGUAUCCUCAAGAGCGGAUGACACGAGAGGAGGAAAACAAUGCGCAGAGAGAGGAAGUCAUCGAUGUAACUAUACCUCUUCAAUGUCUGGUCAAAGACUCUAAGCUUGUAUUACACAACGCAUCGAAGAGUCAGUUGCCAGGAUUCUAUGAUCCUUGUGUUGGCGAGGACAAACAAUUAUUGCUGCAAUACUUAUUCCAUGCUCAGACCCACGAGUGUAUCAUUAAAGAUACCGAACCUCUGAGAAUACCCAAACAAUCCCAUAGAGUGAACACCACAUGACGUAAAAAGACUGCACCACGGAGUUAGACGGAGUGAUUGGAACCUCGGUUGGUAAUUCGCGCUACUUUCCUAACAUUGAAUUAAAGCCUGGCAGUUAAAUUCGUGCUAGUAGUAACGUCUUUGAAAAAUAUUAGGUAAAUAUUGAAUAGUUACGCUUUGUAUGAUAAUUCAGCAUUCUUUCAAGUAAUUCGACGAUCUAUCCUUACAUAAGUCUCCUACGGUGGUCAUCUUGAAGAUACUUUUUAGUAAUGUAAUGAGACACAAACUACACAACUCUUAAUUGAGUUUGUGAAAGAACGUAAUAAUAUAAAUAGUACUUCCAGUCAUUGAAAAUUUAUGUAUAUUUUACAUAGUCCAUUUUUGUUAGGUAGAUCACAAAAAUUGUUAUAAGCAAUUUGCUUCAAAUUCGAACCAAUGUGAUGCUACAGUUAAUCGUGACGUGGUCGGAUAUCCAAUAGUACCAAGUUUUUCAGAGAAAGUUGUGCAACAUGCAUGUAAACAUUCGUUGUAAACUCUCACUAGAAUAAUAUUGAAGAAACACUUGUUACUGUACAAAAAUGACUGUUUCUUUAGAGAAAAAUAAAACCUUGUUGAAAUAUCA